UCCACCUUAAGGCAUACUGUAAUGCCGGCUAAACUUCGUGGUUUCUUUACCCAUGGGUUUCAAACGUCUACGUCAGGCUGCGAUUGUGUAUGAGAGUAACAAGCUGGUCAACAACUCUACGAGGCACACGCUCACUGACAUCGAUUCAUUCUUGACAAAAUAGCGAACUUUCGGUCAAGCCAACAACCCACAGCACAACAAACCUCGAUGCUACCAUGGCAGAAGAGUUCAAGAACCCAUUGAUAUCGUCAAAGCCCUCCGACUCGGGACUCAGCGUGUCUCUUCAUCCCCUGGCCCUCCUCACAAUCUCAGAUCAUGUCACUCGACAUUCAGUGCGGAAUCAGAAAGGCCCGAUUGUGGGCGCCCUUCUCGGACAACAGACAGGUCGAGAGGUCACCGCGGAACAUGCGUACCCGACCGAUCUAGUCAAAACCCAAGAGGGAGGGUGGGAGUUCAAUAUAUCAUGGAUGGAGGCAAGAACUCAACAAUACAAGGAUGUCCACAAAGCCCCUGCGUUGGAUUUUGUUGGAUGGUACACACUGGCUCCCGAGUCUGGUCCCUUGCCUGACUUUACCCGUCUUCAACAGCAAGCCAUGACCUUCUCCGGUGACACCACCAUUCUCCUCGUAUUGCACCCUGAAGCCAUAGCGGCGGGCGGCGCAACAGGCGGCAAACUCCCAAUCACAAUCUACGAGAGUGCCUCUGAGACCGAGCCAAGAGACGAUGAUGGGUCGAUGCAGGUCGACGGCCAGGAACACACGUCCCUCCGGUUCAAAUCAUUACCUUACAGCAUCGAGACAGAUGAGACAGAAAUGAUUGCAAUUGACUACGUCGCCAAAGGCGCAGGCAGUGCCGCCGCGGUGACCGACUCCAAAGCCACAGGUUCUCCGGCUGGGGCCUCGGAGUCGAAAUCGAGCGACAAAAAGGGCAAGAAACGAGCAGACGCAGCAGUCGAGGUGACCAACGGGAGUGAAAGUGCAAAUGACAAACUUGACUCUCUCACGCCUGAAGAACAGGACCAGAUGGCCAACAUGACCACCCGGCUGAACAGCGUCAAGAUGCUACAAUCCCGCAUCGCCCUGAUGCGCACUUUCAUCCAAUCCCUUCCCCCCUCGUACCUCACCGACCAGGAAUCGGCCGCCAUCACGCCCGACUCGCCCGACCCUGCCCACAUCCCACACCUCCGCAACAUCCAAGCGCUAAUCACGCGCCUCUCACUUAUCACCCCCAUGGACAGCGCGGCUUCGUCCCAGCCCCUGGCGGAAGCGACACACUCGCAGGCCAACGACGUGGCAAUGGCGAAACUGCUCGCGCUACUGGGCCAGGACAUCCAGGCUCUCAGCGAAUUUGGCCGCAAGUACUCGGCCAUCGAAACCGCAAGGAACGCGUUAAGAGCCAAGCAUGCCAGCGGCGGAUCCAAGACCUACGAUGCGCUAGCAGAGGGAGACGGGCAUUUCGGUAGAAUGGUGAUGUGAGGCAAGCGGGCGGGGGCGUGGUGAUCAAUGAUCUCUCUCCCUCUCUCUCUUAUGAAGCUUCCACGACUGCUGGUUGUAUCUCUUGAUGGAUUAAGAGAUGGUGUUUCUACUGUUGUUGUGGACACGGACGGACGCGGUGCCUGGAUCCAAGCGCUUUUUUACAGCAACAUGACGUAACUUACGAUGACGCAGACCCAGUCGAAAGCAAAGAAACAAAAGGAAUAACGAGUGACUUGACGAAAGAUGAAAUGCGGCAUAGCGACGGCGUUCCAGGUUCAAAAGCCACUGAAAAGUGCCUACAAGAAGAGUGUAGAAGUGGUCAUACGGGCAGGUUGGUAUGACUAGAUAGAGCGGCCGCAGGGAGAAAUGAAUCCACAAAAACUGAACCAAAGCUCAAGCAGUUGAUUUGUCAUGAUGAUGAUGGUUUAUAUAUUUAAUUGAUAGGAGUGUAGGCAUGGGGAGCAACAUUGGCCAGGGAUGGAAAUGCAUUCGUUGACGGCCUCAGCAGGAUCUUGGAUCCUUGCUGGCCCAAUGCCGCGAAGUACAUGACUCCAUAGACUCUCAUCAACAUGAACCUCGGAUGGAUUUCUUGGCAAUAGUGAGAUGCCAACGUACUGUAUCACUCAACAACCUCGACCGUUCAACGAUUGAAGGGGGCUAGAGUUUGGCCCG